AUGCCUCCGGUAGCUCGACCAGAAAACAUUGAUCAAUUUGAGGUCCUCUCCAAUCCCAACCCAACCCUCACCCGAGCACACGCAGAAAACAUCAGACCGCCAGAGAUACCUAGCCAUUCAAAGAUGGCGCACGAAAACGAAAACGGAACAUUCAACUCGACUUCUCGCCAUGUCCCGUCUACUUCCUCGUCCAGGCCCACCCGCACUGGGAUAUGUCAUUCCCAGCAGAUGCUUAAACAUUGGAAGCCUGACGCCCAAUGGGAUACGAUUAAGGACCAGGAUGACGAAAAUGAAGAACCCGAACGGCCUUCUAGAAUAUCUAGAAUUAUGACUCAAGUUUCAAAGGCGAAAUUGACCACUCAGUUGGAGCACAUCAAAAUCCGGAAGGCUACCAAGGAGGAGAUCAUGUUGGUUCACAGUGAGGGACAUUGGAAACGGAUUGAGGAAACUGCAACAAUGUCAAUACAAGACCUAAAAAAUCGCUCUGCGUAUUUUUCGCGACUGUCACUCUACGUGAAUGCAGACACGUUUGACUGUGCCCGACUAUCAUGUGGAGGAGUGAUCGAGAUGUGUCGCGCGGUGAUGGACGGGAAGAUUAAGAAUGGCUUUGCCGUCGUCCGGCCCCCUGGUCACCAUUCUGAACCUGAGGAUCCCUCUGGUUUCUGCGUCUUCAAUAACGCGGCCAUCUCGGCUAAAUGGCUCAGAACGGUCUAUCCGGAAAGGGUGAAAAAGGUUCUGCUAGUGGACUGGGAUGUGCAUCACGGUAACGGAAUCCAGCGGUCUUUCUAUCACGAUUCGAGUGUUUUGUAUAUCUCUGUUCAUCGCUUCCUUCAAGAUAAUCGGACAGAAUACUUUUACCCAGGUAAUGAUUGGGGGGCGAGUAAUCGAGUGGGAGAGGGGGAAGGCCAAGGCUUUAAUGUCAACAUUCCCUGGCCAGAGGGCGGAAUGUGCGACGCCGAUUACAUCUACGCUUUCCAACGUCUCGUCAUGCCCAUAGCCAUGGAAUUUGACCCGGACUUUGUCAUCGUCUCCGCUGGAUUUGAUGCCGCCAAAAACGACCCAUUGGGGGAAUGUAAUGUCACGCCCGAGGGGUUUGCUCACAUGACUCAUAUGUUAACGUCACUAGCAAACGGAAAUACCGUACUGGCACUUGAGGGUGGUUAUCACCUGGAAUCUCUGGCAUUGUCAGCUACUGAGUGUAUCAAAGUCUUGAUGGGUGAAGCGCCACCAAAGCUGGGCUGUGCAAUGGUUGCUAGCGAUGUGGCAACAGAGACCGUAGAUGAAUGCUUGAAAAUUCAAUCAGCCUUUUGGAAAUCACUCCCCCGACAGGGGCUAUCCGCUAAGUAUGAACUUGAGAUGGAUGGUCUCAGUAUUCCUCUCGGAGAUGUCCUUAAAAUGCAUCGGUCGUACGAUCUAUAUGAAGCCCAUGGGCUGUGCGCCAUUCCAGCUCACGACCAACAAAUUUCUGGCCUCUCCAAAUCUUACCAGAAUCAAAUCAUGGUCACGGACAAUGUUUAUGAUUGUAAAACAUUAGUCUUGUUCAUGCACGAUCUGGGUAGUCUCCGCAAUGAAAUCUUCACGGAAUCAGCGAAUGUUAAAGACGAAAACGACGCACUUAUCGCAUACAACAAGGUUUUGAUGGACUGGAUCCGAAAAAAUGACUAUGGACUGGUCGACGUCCAAGUCUUGCCUUCGUAUCUCUCGGAUCUGGCACUCGACGGUGUGGCGAAGAAAGCCGAGCAAGCGAGGACGCUCAAACGGAUGGUUAAUUGGAUCUGGAAUCAGUUCAUCUCCUUAUCCGACUGUCAAAACCUUGUGCUCAUCUGUUUGGGAGAAGGCUGUGCCGCGCUUCCUGUGUUCUUUGAAAUAAAAGACAUUUCUAGCAAGUUAAAGGCCUCGGUACACAUUCCUAGUUUCAGACAGCCUCCUCUUAAGCUUCCUAGCGACUGUAAUUGGCAUCGUGUGAUAUCUGCUGGAUUCUUGUCUUCAACUGAGGAAGAUCGAGCGCAAAUCCGACUGUGGAUGGACAAAUAUCCUUAUGGGAAGGUGAACAUAUGCGACCAGUCCAGGCCGAGCCAGAUCCUGCGAUCCGAUUGGGAGAAGAUCGCCGAGUUCAUUGGCGCCAAAUUAGCCCAGCCUGCGAGCAGCAAUCUUCCCUCGAACAGGCCGCAAACCAAUGGUAAUAAUUCUCCUAGUAACCCCGUUCGUGGGACGCUUCCGCACGCCAGCGAUGGCAGUGGUACUAGUAAUGGUCGCCCCAUCCCCAAGGCCACUCCUAAUGGGAUUCCUGCUGAGAACUCCGCCUUCCCAAUGGAUAUUGAUUAG